UAUCCUACUGUCUACAAAGCCAUCUCCGACGUUACUCGCAGGACCCUUUCAAGCUGCAGGAGAUGAAUUUGAACUUUUGACACAAAUACAGAUCAAGAAUGUCCUUGAUAAAGACGUGAUAUAA